AUGGUUCUUGAAAUGGCUGGAGCAAAGAAAAUUGUUGAAGUCGGAUCGACCAAGUCGAGUGAAAAUCAUUUUACCGACCAAGUUUAUGAACUCAUAGUAGUUCGUGAAACAAUGAAAUUUGAUGAAUUCAUGAGCAGCGAGGACAAAGAAACUGCAAAAAAGAUGUUUUUGGUAGGUUUUUGGUGCAUUCAAACUACUCCAUCAGACCGUCCAUCGAUGACAAAGGUAAUUGAAAUGUUGAAGGGAAGUCUUGAAUCGAUAGAAGUUCCACCAAAGCCAUUCUUAUUUUCUCCUAGGAUGCCAACUCCAUAUUUUUCUUCGUCAUUGUCAACAUAUCUAGACGGAGAAAGUUAG